AUGUCGAAAGAACGCCAUCUGACUCAUAUUCCAAUCAGUACAACACCCACAACAAACUCUUCACAAGAGUCUUUGGCGUCUCAUACAAUGAGUGACAACGUUAGUGAGGAUCGUUCGCGCUCCACAUCCCAAGAUGGAAGUUCCUCCAAAAACCACAGCAAAGAGCCCAGUCAAUUAGCUUCUUUCACUUCAAAUAUAGAAAAGGAUAUUUCCACUGAUUUUGUCUUAUAUGGGACAUGUCCUUAUUACGUCGAUGUCCCAAAGGUAAGGAGAGUCUUUGUAGCUGGUCCUCGUAUCUUUUACUUAUCGGAUGAAACGGCUUUCUUUUCAUCUGCCGAGUCUCCAGCCGCUACUAAGACUGCUUCAGUGAGCAGAAGUUCGACUGAAGUUGCUGUGGGGCCUCACGCGUUUUAUUUCAUCUACAAAGGGAAAGUGGGGAAAGGGAAGAAUCGGACGUAUUCCACAGUCGAUGGGAUAGUAGCGCCAGAGCACAUCUUUGGGAAUGAGAAGGAGCUCUACAUCUUAGAUCGAUUUGGGGAGUGUUACAAACUCUCCCGCGACCAGAGAACACGGUUGGCGUAUGACACCACAAUUGUUCGCGUUUGUUUGUUAGAUGACCUGAAGCGGUGUGUUCUCCUCAGUGAUGGGCGUGUCGAUUCGAAGAUUAAAUUUGUGAACAAAGAAAUGUUCAUUGACGUUGGUGGGAAGAAACGUGUAUGGGGACUUCGGAUGAAAGAUUGUUGUGUAGAGAACACCGAUGGGUUAAUUUUAGACCAACGGAUGUUACGGAUAUACUCUGGGUAUGAAGAGAUAGUUGGGGAAGAUGAGAAUUUCAAAUUGUGUUACUUAAAAAUCGGGCCAAAUGGGAAUUGUUAUAGUUGGGUGACACUAGGGAUGUGUGAAGGGAGAGAGAUAUCAGCGGGAGAUGGGUUUGUGAUAGUAGGGAAGAACAGAUCUUCAUUUUGUUUUGCUCCUCUGCUUUUGGAGAUUCGCAAAGCAAUUCGACAAAUUCAAGGGUUUCAAAAGUUCUAUGAAUUUCCCGUUGUCGACUUGGAUGAACCCAGCGAGAAAUUAAAGAGAAGUGCCACGGAAAGAAUCGAUAAAACAGAACGAAUGAAACGACAGACGACAACAGCAGCGUUCGAUGAGACUAAACCACGACUCUCUAUAUACAUCGAAGGGUUUUGUAAAGUAUUCAAAACUCUUCUUUCAAAACUCUUAAGUCUCAAUUCGGAAGUAUCACGACUGUAUGCAGUGCCGAAUAAAGAAUGCACGUUUGGCCAAAUUUUACAUCAAUUUUUGGAGGAGACAGUACCCCUCUAUAUUCCACUUGCUAAGGAAUUUGCUCAAUUCCAUGACCAAGCACUUCAAUGGUAUGUCAACGAGAACCCAUUCCGAAUUUUCGAGCUGAAAAUCCCACAAGAAGUUGUGAAGACCAUUUUCGACAAGAGACCAGACAUUUUGAAUGUCGUGUUCAAUCCAUUCAAGUUGCUCAGUAAACUCCUCUCCACCUUCGAGACGUUGAAAUCGAGUUUCAAUUACAUCUCCGAAGAAACAAUUUGGAAUAACAAGAACAUCAUUUUCAUUGAGAAUUUGCUAAGUCGGUUGAAUGAAGAAAUUCGUCUUGGGAAUCCAGUGACAUGGAGUUCAUGGUUUGGGGAUGACACUGGACAUAUGGUGAUGAGUACUGGCAGUCUCGAUGACUUUGUCAACUUACUCAAAACCGAUUUGAAGUUCGACCCCGAGUUCAGAGAAGUCUUUGUGAAUACCAUCUCUCUCUUUUUCAGUCCCGACAACGUUUUACUCAAAAUGAUACCUUCAAAGGUCGAUACCCUUUCCAAAAGCGAAAUUGUCAAUUUACUCGAAACUUUGAAGCUUUGGCUCGAGACGGAUCCGUUCCAGUUUUCCAAUUUAGAGCAAGCGAAUAAACGACUGGACACAUUUUUAGAACUUGGGAAGAAAGAUUCAAAUGGAGACCUUAAAAAGGAGAUCAUCGUGUUACUUGAGAUGGCUAGAGGGAUGAAGAAUGAGAUCCAAUUCAAAACACCGAAAAUAGAGACAUUCAAUUUCUUGCCAAAGGACUUCUGCAGCGGGUUUAAUGACCAUUUGCCAUUUGCAGAUAUGAUGACUUACACCCACCAUUGCAUUUUUAAUAACAUCUCUGUACAAGAAUAUAUCCAAUUCUUUAACUCAAAUGGACAAACUCCAAAUAUUAAACACAUCACUGUGUGCUUCAAUUGGUUGUCAGAAACCCUCUCUAAAAUGAUCAACGACUGCGCUAUUAGUUUCCAGACACCAUUUUUCAAUUUCAUUAUGAAGACCGCAGAACGGUUUUAUGUCACUAAUAACUUCUUUGGUCUCUGCGCUAUUGUCUUUGCGUUCCAUAAGAUACCAGACUUCGAUUAUAUCAAGAAAAACUUGUCAAAGGACACACAAACUUCUAUUGAAAAAUUUGAUUCACUAUGUUCGUUCGAAAAUAACUACCAAGGUCUUAGAAAAGAAAUGGAAAGGGCAAAACCCCCACUUGUCCCAUUUGCUGGGAUCAUGACUAAAGAAUUUUUGGUCAUGAACGAAAUGUAUGCCUCAGUCAUCAACAAAACAGGACAAUACAAUUUUAAUAAGCUGAGAGCUAUUUAUAAACUCAUUAAGAAAUAUGAGGCGUACAAAAACAAAGCGGUCUCGGUACCUAAAAAUGCACCAACAGAACUUUUUGAAAAGAUCAAAAAAAUCCACGGGAUUUGA